CUGUGUCCGGAUACAGCUCCCGUGUCUGUCUCAAUUCGGCCUAUGGUCCUUCUACUCUACAGACAUGGCCCCCACCCACAUACGUCAUAUAUGUCUGUACACCUGUCUCUGUAUAAAAGGUGCAUUCACCGACACAGAGACGCCCAACAGCUGACACGUGGUCCCUCCAUAUCUAGGCAGCGAAGCAGCGAUGGAUGCGUAGAGAGAGAUGAGCGAGACGCAUCUAAGGAAAUGCAGUGCGAUGAGUGAGGUGUGGUUGAAAAUCCAUAAAUCCCUCUCUUCUUCAUGGCACACACACCACACAUCCCAGCACCCCAUGAGGCGGGUGGCACACACAGUGAGACAGCGAGGCAGGCUGGUAGUCCAUAUAAGAGAGGAAGCAAUAACAUGCAGUGAGGGGUCAAGAAGCCAUAAAGCUGACACGGACACACAGCAACAAAACUCUUAAAUCAACCACUGGCCCCCUCCCCCCUGCUGUCUGUCUGCCAUGAUAUAGCAUGCCACAGCCCCACCACCAGCACCCACAGUAGGUCGAUCUGUUGUCAUGAGAAUAUGGCGGGGCUCCAGCCGGUGAAGUCCUGUCGACACAGUGGGCGCUCGCGAGGCUGCAUGGUCUGUGCACAUUGCCGGCAGAUGCAGAAGUGGUUGCACGGCCGCAGCACCACCAACCGCUCCCUCUCCUGGCACACUUGGCAGUCGGUGGCCUCCUCUCGUGCCCUCUGGUUGCUCUGCUGCAUCUCUUGCCGCAUCUGCUGACGCAGCUCGGCCUGCAUCCUCUGCUGGGCGGCCUGCUGAGCCCGCCGCUCGAGUGACUGCAGCUGGGAUUGCUCGUUGCUGAGUGCCGUCUGUCGGUCCGCUAGCUGCAUAGCAAAGCCGCUGAACUCGUCUGCAGUGGUCAGGCCAUUGAAGGUCUCGGUCAACCUGAAUGACACACAUCAUCACAUCAAAGGGCAUGCACUGGUGUCGCCGGCCUCUCUGAGUGGGUACGGACCUGUCGAUCUGGUUGCUGCGUAGCUGAUCUACGUCAGCCUGAAGCGCACGGUUGCCCUCGGUGAGGCUGAUCGAGCGACAGACACAAAGGGAGGGAGAUAGAUCCGUACAUCAUUGGCUGCCUGUCGGUAAUGCACCUGGCGAUUUCCUGUGCCUGUGAUGUGUUCUGCUGCGUCAGCGACGCCUCCCUCUUAGCAGCAGCCCUGAUAGGGCGAACAACACACACGCACACACACACAGUUCCGUCCUAUUCAUUGCGUUGUUGGUGGGUGAGUGCUGUGUGGCUGACUGACCUCUUGUAUCUGUCAAGAUGACUCUGGAGCUGCCGCAUCUCGGCCGCCUGCUGCUGCCGGAGAGACCUCUCGCGAUCGAUGUCACUGAAAGCAGGGCGUACAGGGAGAGUGAGGUGCAUAUGACCUUGUUUGCCUCCUGUGUGUGUGUAGAUACCUGGUGAGCCGCUGAUGCUGUUGGCUGAGCUGCUGUCGAUCCGCAUUGGCUUGACGCAUAUCGGCCUGGAGCCGCUCGUUGGCCGCCAGAGUGUCGACGACGGUCUGCUCGCCCGCCAACUGAGCCUCACGCAACCUAGACACAGCAACAAAGGAGGGCACAGUCAGUUGGAUGGAUGAGUUGGUGUCUGUGAUGUCUGCCCACCGCUGAAUCUCUCGACGGGCGGUGUCGAUCUCCUGACGGGCCGCUUGAGCCUCACGCAACCUACACACAACACAUGGUUGAUGUGUGUAGGUGAUGUGUUGGUGUGUCUACCGUUCGCUCUCCUGACGGGCGAUGAGGGUCUCCUGAUCGGCGGCGAGGGUCUCUUGGCGGGCGGCGAGAGUCCCCUGCUGGGCAGCCUGAAGCUGUUGCUGAAGGGCGGCCUCCCUCUCCAUCGACUCACGCCUGCAGUCGAACACAACCCCGGUGGUAAAUCCCUCCCCCCUUCGUUCUUCUUCUCUCACCUCGUCGCCUCGCUUUGCCGGUCUCUGCGCAUCAACUCAGCCUCGAGCUCAGCAACCCUGACACGACCAGAUACACCGUCACUGUGUGAGUGACCACACCCCAUCAAUCGCCUCACCUGGCCCGCAUCGCCUCGGCCUCCUCUCCACCACUCACACGACCGUCGUCAACGACCCUUGCGGCUCCUCCGUCGAUCUCUCCAGCCCUCUGGCCAGCCA